AAAAUAAAAAGCAGAUCGAUAGUUUUCAAAUUUCAAAAUUGUUGUUUGUCGUUUGGAACGUUCGUACAUAAUAUUAUAUUUCUGAUAAUCAACACAGUACUUAGUUAAAAUCGAAAAAUGGGAGAUGCUUUUGAUGAACCGGUGCAGUUGUCAAAAGGAAUUAAUUUAAAGGAUUUGCUAUCAGGCGACAGCGAAUUUCAGAUUGAUUUGGAUUUCAAGAAGCAACAGUGUGAUGACUUGGAAGAUGAUGGCAUUAUUGAUGAUGAUGACAGUGAUUCCGAUGAUGUGUUCAAGAACAUCGAGGAGGAAACGUCGAAGAUGAUGCUGUCGUGUCCCGAAUACCACACGUUUCGGAGCCUGGAGUCCAAAAUGAUUGACUGCGUGUCCUCCGGAGAUGUCAAAAUGUUAAUACUCGAAGAAGGUGAUGGACCACUGGUUCCAGUGGAUGCUGAAGUAUUGAUACACUAUGCAGCUUAUUGGGAGCAAGCGACAAUACCCUUCGAUUCUACUCUCACGCGGAAUAACGGGCAACCUAUGAAAAUAAAACUCGGCCAAGGAAAAAUACUGCCCGGACUGGAAAUUGGCCUAACAUCUAUCCGGGGCCCCAAAUCCCGGUUCCUACUGUUGGUGCAGCCAGCACUAGCGUGGGGCCCGUACGGGGUCCUGCCAAGGAUCAAACCCGAGCCGGCCCUGUUCGUAAUUGCUUUGUACUCUGUGAACGAUACCCAGGCCGCAGUGAGGUUCAACGACCUACCGGUGGCAGAGCAAAGUAAAUUCGAAAACACCACUCGCACGGUCAACUCUCUCCACACGCAAGCCAAAGACUAUUUCGCCAAACAGAAAUUCAACAAAUGUAUAAAAAACUAUCAGCAAUCUAUGACAGUGCUUAAUAUGUCACUGCCAAAAGACAAGAACGAAGAGAACGAAAUUAAAAGGUUACGCAUCAACACAUAUGUCAACCUAGCUGUGUGUUAUUAUAAAAUAAAUAAACCAAAGCAUGUUAUUAACAUGUGUCAGAAUCUGGACUAUGUAACGGAUAUAAAUAAACACUGCAAGGCGUUGUUCUAUUAUGGCCGCGCGUACGAAAUGUUAGGUAAAACCGAGGACGCAAUUAAAUAUUACAAAAUGGCGAAACGUCUCGAGCCGAAAAAUCACGAGAUUGGCAAGGCGCUCGCCGAUUUAGAUCGUUAUAACAAAAAAUCCGCGGCAACCGAGAAAGACUUGUGGCAGAAAGCCUUCAAGUUGGAGCCGCAGACGAAAAAAAAAAACUAUGACGUCGACGCUGACUUUCAGGCGACAGUUCGUGACAUGUGUCAAAAUGUUGCGGACAGCGAAGAGUAUAUGAAGUUUAAUUUGCCAGAGAGCUUUACGCCUAAUGAGAUUGGCUUUAUUCGGGAUUUGUGCGAUGAAUUCGAAGGUUUGGUACUCCAGGAGAAUAAUGUAGGUAAGAAGAAAACGUUUUCGAUUAUAAAACAGGGGCUUGUUAUUGGCUAGUUUUUAGUUUAGUAUUAACCAAGGCUGAUUUGAAUGUAUUUAUUUAAAAUUUCAAAUCGUUUUUGAUAAAAAUAUGUCAGGGAAAACCCUGGGCAAAGUUAAGCAUUUUUAUUAACAUAACUAGGUAAGAAAACCAUGCUUUUUUUUUGUAAGUUUUAACUUUGUAUGUAAUAAAGCAUACUUUGUUGAAA